AUGACACGUAGAAGAUAUCGACAUCUUGCACCGCCUUCGAAAGUGGCUAAAGUAAAUCGUCUUCGCUUCUUUGCUCAUAUAUUAAGGAGACCGGCAGAUCGCCUUGUCCAACGAGUUCUGAAGAGUUCGUCGGGUUCGAGCUGGAAGAAGCCACCAGCUGGAAGAGCUGUGUUCAAGGACGGCACACUUGGCGAAGGUGCGGGUAAUCGCGUCAGGCGAUGA